GACCCACCCCCCAUAAAAAACCAAAAAAGCCAAAAACAAAAGCCAAGGUGUGAAAAAGAAAGCUCACUUCUCACCUCUCUCCUCCGCGCAAUCUCUCAUCCGUUUUCUAAACAGAAAGCCCAAAACACCAUGGAAGAAGAGGAAAACAUGUCGCCACCAUUUUGGCUCCAAGCCUCCAAUUCUUUCCGGCAGUCCAACCAUCGCAGCAGCCGCCUCGGCCGCUCUGCCUCCUCCGUUUUCUUCAGCUACGGCGCCUUCGUUUUCGCCUUGAUCGUCAUAGUUCUGGUAUUCAUUUUCUUCGUAAUCCCAUCACUCUUGUCCUUCACUUCUCAAAUUUUUAGACCCCAUGUAAAAAAAAGUUGGGAUUCUCUCAACCUCGUCCUCGUACUCUUCGCAAUUGUUUGCGGAUUUCUCAACCGAAACAGCUGCAACGACAACAAUGUUAGCAGUCCCAUGUCGUACGAUGUUUCUUCUCCGCAGAAAUUUGAGAAGUCAAACCCAUCAACCCCACGUCAGUGGUACGAUCAGUAUUCAGAUCGGAGUCGGACGGUCGAUAAUCAGAGCAGUGGUGCUACUAGUACGAUGGACAGAGGAGUGAGGACCAGCAGCUCGUACCCGGAUCUGCGUCAACAGGAACCUUCAUGGAAUGUGGUUAGGGACGAACGAUGGCGAUCCCACGACGAUACCCAUGUGGCCGACGACGCCCAUGUGGCCGGUUAUCGGAUUCCGGGUUCGGAUCCGCAGCAUCAGCUCCCCCGCCCUCACCGGUCGUGGCAUGAAGAACCGGCAGAGGUUCUAGCACAUGAAGAACCGGCAGAGGUUCUAGCGCAUGAAGAACCGGCAGAGGUUCAAGCACGAGUAGGAUGUGUACUACGGACCCAGAAUAUACCAGUAAACACUUUUGUGAUCCCUGCGGAGCAAGUUAGUUUUUCACACGCACAGAUUCAGGUUAUUCAACCCGAUCCUCUUAGUUCUUCACACGCACAGAUUCAGGUUAUUCAAUCCGAUCCUCUUAGUUCUUCACACGCACAGAUUCAGGUUAUUCAAUCCAAUUCUCCGCCCCCAUCGCCGCCGCGGACACAAACUCCGCCACCUCCGCCGCCGCCGCGCAAGACAAAGAGGACGUACCAAGCUAUUGGAGAAAAAGAAAACUCGAAUGCUAGUGACAAUUUGGAAGUGGAGAAUAAUUUGCCCCCACCGCCUCCCCAGGCCCCGCCUUCUCCGCCGUUACCUCCGCCAUCAUCACCGCCGCAGAUGUCGAAGGAGGUUGAGAACAAGAAAACGCCAGCUGGGAAACAUGCGAAGAAGAAGGGAGUUGCUACCACUAAAGAGUUCUUGAUCACGUCAUUAAGGAAGAGUAGGAAGAAGCAGAGACAAAAGAGUGUCGAAAAUUUCGAGACUCUCCUCGCUUCUGGCUCUUCGGCUCCUUCGUCUGCACUUCCGCCGCCCUCACCGCCGCCUCCUCCCCCACCGCUACCACCACCUUCGGUUUUUCACAACUUGUUUUCUUCAAAGAAAUCCAACAAACCCAAGAAAACUAUUCACCCAAUUCCACAGCCGCCGUCGCCACCACCGCUGCCACGGAUCAAUUCCACCGGGAGAUUAUCCCAAAUCAGGCCCACGAUGACAACCCAAAAGCCGCUACCUCCAGUUAAGGUGACCAGCUUCAUCAACAGAGAUGAUGAGAAUGCGAACAGUGGCGGGGAGUCGCCAUCGGUUGGAAUACCGCCGCCGCCGCCGCUACCGCCAUUUAGUAUACCGGUUGCGAAAUACGCAGAGCAUGGGGACUUUGUGAGGAUCAAAAGCAACGACAGUUCACCCAGCGGCUCACCUGAUUUGGACGACAGUGAUCAGGAUUCAGUUCCAUCACCGACCAUGGAAGCGGGUAGUAAAACUCCAUCGGAGAGCGGAGAGUCGCCGACAAAAGCUAUGUUCUGUCCGAGCCCGGAUGUGAACACCAAAGCUGACACCUUCAUUGCAAGGUUCAGAGCUGGUUUGAAGUUGGAGAAGAUGAACUCUGCGAGGGGAAGGUCCAAUCUAGGCCCACAUUCCAGUGAAGAAGAUGUCACGGAUAUCUAAACUAGUUACUUAUUGCUGUGCGGAAAAGUUAAAACUCAUUGUGUAAUUAAUUGCUAUGUAGAAAAGUUGAAAUAAAAAACAGUCGCCGGGAUAUGUUGAUGGUUGCUGGAAGAACAUAUGGAGACUGGCAGUGCCGAAUAAGUUGAAGUUCUGUAUUUGGCGAUGUUGUAAUGGUUCUUUAGCUAUGAGAGUUAAAUCUUAUUCGGCGGCAGAUGUAGGUGGAUGGUAGGUGUGUGAUGUGUGGAGAAGCGGAGUAAUCGGGGCACCAUUUGUUCUUCGAAUGUGUGUUUAGUAGAGUGAUGUGGUAUGGAUGCUCACUGCAGCUUGACAUUGUGGCGUUGAAAGGAAGUGAUUUCUGAGAGUACUGGAUGAGACUGUGUGAUAGGUUCCAUGAUAAUGAGUGGCAAGAGGAGUUGUUGCAGGAAAGUGUUUAUCUUAUGCAGAGAAUAUGGAAGUGCUGCAAUGAUAUGGUCUUCAAAGGUGUGUCGGCAAAUCCUAUGGAGAUGAUUAAUAUUGCCAGGCAGUAAGUGGUUGAAUUUCAUGCAUGCAAUGACAUGAAGGAAGCUAUUAAUGGUGGUGUUGUGUUUGGGGGGACUACAUGCUUUGCGGGUCAACAGGUACGGUGGAAAAGACCUGCUUUUGGAGUGUUAUGGGGCUUGGUGUGGGAAGACUUGCAAGGAAGGCUAUGGAUGGGUAUUGAGAGACUUUGCGGGGUUGUUGCAAGCGGCUGGUGGGGAAGGUGGUCUAAUUUUUAACAAUCCAAUGAUGGUUGAAGUAGCUGCGGUUCGCGCGGCUUUACAAGUCUGUCUUGAGCUAGGAUGCAUAGAGGUGGGGGUUGAGUCAGAUUCUCGGACGGUUAUUCGUAUGGCCAAUAGGGAGUAUGUGAUUGAUGCUACUUUGAAAUGUUUCUUUCAUGAUAUUAGGUUCUUGGCAUCUCAAUUAGGAAGGGUGACGUUUGCGUGUGUUAAACGACAUGGUAAUGCUGCUGCUCAGGCUAUUGCUUCGUAUGUAACCUUACAUGGAGGUGCUUUCCGUUAAGAUGCUAUUGGUCCGGAGUUUUUAUUUAAUAUUUUGGUUGAAGAUGUAAACAUUACUAUUAGAAUUUAAUAAAGUCUACUCUUUGACCAAAAAAA